AUGCCUUCAAGAUCAUCCCUUCCUCUGGCCUUCGGUCUUGCAUCUCUUGCUGCCGCCAACCCAUUUGCUCGAUCUAACUCUGGCCCUUGUGACAUCUAUGCCAAUGGCGGUACACCUUGCGUAGCUGCGCACAGCUCUACUCGUGCCCUGUUUGGCAGCUAUUCGAAGGGUCUCUACCAGGUGAAGCGAGCCUCAGAUGGCCAAACCACCGACAUUCGUCCGCGCUGGACUGGUGGUGUUGCCGACGGUAGUGCCCAAGACCGAUUUUGCUCGGGUACCACUUGCCUCAUCACCAGAAUUUACGACCAAUCUGGUCAUGGCAACGACCUUACGCAAGCUCCACCUGGUGGUGCCGCCCAGGGCCCAGCAUCCGGCGGCUAUGACAACCUGGCCAGUGCUACUGGUGCACCAGUUAGCUUGAACGGACAGAAGGCAUAUGGUAUAUACGUAACCCCAGGAGUUGGAUACCGCAACGAUCGGACGAACGGUGUGGCGACUGGUAACUCGGCGGAAGGCAUCUACGCCGUGCUCGAUGGCACUCACUACAAUAACAAAUGUUGCUUCGACUACGGUAACGCCGAAACUGACAACAAUGAUGAUGGUGCUGCCGCUAUGGAAGCCAUAUACUUUGGCAACGAGCCCGGCUACGGCAGCGGCGCAGGUAGUGGACCAUGGCUUCUUGCCGAUUUGGAGAAUGGCGUCUUCUCCACCAACAGCGCCACGCAAAACACGAACGAUCCGACAAUCACCAACCGCUUCUUCACUGGGGUCUUGAAGGGCAACUCGAACAAUCAUUGGGCUCUUCGUGGCGGCAAUGCCCAGUCUGGUAGUCUUAACACUUUCUUCAGCGGGCCCAGACCAUCGGGCUACAACCCUAUGAAGAAGCAGGGUGCUAUUAUUCUCGGUAUCGGUGGUGAUAACAGUGAUGGUGCUCAGGGUACCUUCUACGAGGGUGUCAUGACCACCGGCUACCCAUCAGACGACACCGAGAAUUCGGUGCAGGCAAACAUUGUCGCUGCGAAAUACUCGACAUGA